CUUCACAUUCAAAAGCUGCGAGGAAAGUUCUACAGCCGUCCCUCGGGAUAACAUUAAAAAGAGCGGAUUGACAUAGGCUACGAUCGCGGUGAUAUGAAAUAGGAGGGGAGUAUGUGCCUUCUUAUAUAAUGACGGAGAUAAGGAGCGUUAUGGAAAACAUGACUAGAGGUCCAACAGCGCUCUUCGACCUACCGGAAAUGGGUUUAAUAGAGACGGAUGACCAAAACACGACAGAGGCGCUGGUCGUCAUCUCGAGUGUUAAGAAACAUAACAGUGUUGUUAGUUCCAGUAUUAUGUUCUCGUUCGGAGUGUUCGGCAAUCUUUUAGCGUUGAUUGUGCUUCAGCGAUCUCCAAGUGACCAAAAAAGAAAGUUGUUUUACCGCCUGGUCGCGGGUUUGACCCUCAAUGAUUUAUUUGGGACCGUCUGUCUCAGUCCGUUCGUAAUAGCUACAUAUGUGAAUGAUUUCAAGUGGAUCGGAGGAACGCUAUCAUGCAAAUAUUUUGGAUUCAUGAUGGUGUUUGCUGGUGUUGCGACCUCAACUAUUGUGUGUUUGAUGGCUAUUGAGAGGCUUCUGUGUAUCAGACACCCUUAUCUGUAUUACGCCAGAUUAAGAAAGAAACAUGCAACAAUCUUUCUAAUAGGAGCUUGGGCCUUCGCAGGACUUAUUGCGAGUUUGCCGUUGAUGGGGUUCGGGGAAAUUGUGCUAAAAUAUCCAUAUACAUGGUGCUUUAUUAAUUAUUACACAAAUAACGACGUUUCAAGAGCUUAUAAUUAUCUAUUUGCUUUACUAGAACUAGUCACUAUAACAAUCACAGUAAGUUGUAAUGGAAUCGUUCUGUACACUCUGUUUCAAACCAAAAUGCGCGGACUAUCACGAAAGCGGAGCGGAGACUCCCGAACGUUUUCCGGAUAUUCCCGGCGAUACGCGGAAUUUCAAAUGGCGGUUCUUCUCAUUGGCAUCACAAUUGUAUUCAGCUCGUGCUAUCUCCCACUUAUCAUCCGAAUUGUCAUUAACCAGACAAAGCUGCUACCGGUGAAUCUUCGACUUGACCUACUCAUUAUACGGUUCGCCUCCCUAAACCAGAUCUUAGACCCUUGGGUAUAUAUCCUUCUCCGACGCGAGGUUGUAUGGAAAGUAGGUCACACUAUAAAAACAGUAUUCUUCAGAAAUUCCACGGACAAGAGCUCGGGAAACUUUCGACGACAAGAGUCCGUAGUGUUUUCAAUGAAUGAAGGGAACCAGACGUGCUGCUCCUUCUGUUACCAUUGUCUGUGUGAUCCCCCGCAGUCACAGAGACAAGCGUCUGUCUGUAGUUUCUAUGGUGAAGAAAGAUCGUUUGUUCUUAGAGCAGGUGCAGCAAACAUUUUAGCUGCAGAUGUAGCCAAAAAGUUUAUUCUAUCCAAUGGGAAUUCAGGUCUUUCGAGAAAAGUGGGAAUAGCUAAGUUACAACGACAAGCGUCUGUUGAUGUUGAACUGUCGUCAGAACAUUCCUCAAAUGAAGACAUUGUUUGUGUUCAGCCAAGUGAAACACGUUUGAAAAUAUUUGCAAAUGGUGAAAUAAAAAGCAGUUUAGUAGAAUCAUCAAAACUGUCCGAAACGCUUUUGUCAGAGAGCGAAUGUGGAGAAUGUUCUGACGAAGACGGUGUUUAGGAUGAUAAUCGUAUUUGGUUUUCCUUUGUUAUGAACAAACGCAUUCCAGAAAUAUUGUUGUUUUUGCUGCCAUGUGAGAGCAAUAUCAACCGAUUCUAGAUAAUUGCCAAUUACUGUGUUUGACAUCAAAACUAUUGCUCGAGUAUUUUUUGUGGAUCUAUCUUUCUAAGUAAUCCUAACAAUGGCCUGGUUGUUGCAGGUUCGGACUUCAUAUUGAAAUACAUUUUGAUAUCAAGUUCUUUUUUAAGUAAUAUCAUGUUUUGUUACAAAUGUCUCGUCGUAUUUUCCCAAGAAGUAAGGAUAUUACACAGGGUAUUUAUAUAGAUCAACAAGAGUGUCUUUUGCUCAGUUUCACUAUUCUAUUACUUAAAGCUGCACUCUCAAAGAGUGAACAUUUUGACAACUUUUUUUUUAUUUUUUGUCUUGAAACGAGCCAAUUAAUGCGAAAAUGCAUGUUAACCAGUCAUAUAAGACUGCAGACAAAAAUUAGAUCGCAGAUUUUUAUGUUUAAGUUCAAAAAAUGAUGUUUUUCUUACACCGUUAGUAAUGCUUUCAGCUAUAAUACAUUAAUUUUCGAACGGAAAUAUGAAAAUCUGCGAUCUGAUUUAUUGUCAGCAGUCUUUUAUCACUAGUUUGCAGAUAUUUCCGCACAAAUUUGCUUAUUCGAAGACAAAAAAUAAAACAGUUGUAAAAGCGGUCAAUCUGUGAG